CUCUUUCCUCUCUCACACACCACUCUUCAGUGUGUGACUGAACAAACCGGUGUCUUCCCCGGCAGAGAGACCCAGGCAGCAGCGCACCGAGGCUGGUUCGCGUUAAAUGACUCCAGAUCGGGCUUUUGUUUGACCGGUACACUGAGAUAUUGCAAAGGAGUGCAAGAAAAGAUUGAUUUAACAUGUCUACACCGUUUAAAAAAGAAUUGGAAAAGUAUAGAGAUAUUGAUGAAGAUGAUCUCCUCCGAACGUUGUCAGUAGAGGAGAUACAACAGUUGGAAGAUGAGUUGGACGAAUUAGAUCCUGAUAAUGACCUUCUACCCGCGGGAUUAAGACAAAAAGAUCAGACAAAAAAGGCGCCAACAGGUCCAUUAAAUAGAGAUCAACUUCUGGAACACUUGGAGAAACAAGCAAAAGAAUGUAAGGACAGAGAAGACUUGGUUCCGUACACAGGAGAAAAACGAGGGAAGCCUUUUAUCCCCAAAGAGAAGCCUGUCCAGACUGUAAUGGAUAGUGUUACCCUGGAGCCGGAACUGGAGGAGGCUUUGGUCAACGCUACUGAUGCUGAACUUUGUGAUAUUGCAGCCAUCCUUGGCAUGCACACACUGAUGAGCAACCAACAAUACUAUGAAGCCCUUGCCAGUAGUACCAUAGUGAACAAGGAAGGUCUUAACAGUGUCAUACAACCCACUCAGUAUAAGCCAGUCCCUGAUGAACUGCCAAACUCUACAGAUGUUGAAGAAACCCUGAAGAAAGUUAUGAGAAAUGACCCUGAACUUGAGGAGAUUAACCUCAAUAAUAUAAAGAACAUUCCCCUUGCCACGUUGAAAGCCUAUGCUGAAGCGUUGAAGGAUAACACACACGUAAAGAAGUUCAGCAUUGUAGGAACCCGAAGUAAUGAUCCCGUUGCAAUUUCUUUUGCAGAGAUGCUGAAAGUUAACAAAACACUGAAGAGUUUGAACAUUGAGUCCAACUUUAUCACUGGUAAUGGAAUCCUGGCUCUAGUGAAAGCUCUCCAAUACAAUAAAUCUUUGGUUGAACUUAAGAUUGACAAUCAGUGUCAGCAGCUGGGUAAUAAAGUGGAAAUGGAAAUUGCAAACAUGCUGGAACAAAAUCGAGCGCUUCUGAAAUUUGGCUAUCAUUUCACCCAGCAAGGCCCAAGGCUUCGAGCUUCUAAUGCUGUGAUGAACAACAAUGACCUUGCUCGCAUUAACAGAGCAGAUGGUUCCUGGCCUAGAUUCUCAGCUUUGGAGCUGGAGGAGAUAUAAUGAGGAAAAGUCGACUUCUGGGCAUCGAUGGCCCCAUCAUCCCCAGGAACCGAACAACAGUCUAAUCUGUUUGUGAAGACUUCAAGCCUCUACAGAGCACACUAUAUGCUGAUGAUUUUUACAGCCAGCCAGAAGUGCCUUCUCAGUUCUGUUGUACUUCUAUUUUCUUUUUAGUGUUGCAUAAUGGGAUAAUGAAGUUCAAUAACAGAUUGUAGUGUACUUUGAUCUACUAAUAACACUCUGUACUACUGAUUAAUUCUUCAAUCCAAUUAGUGCUGUGUGCAAAUAAAUCAUCAAUUCUAAAUCCAUUCAUUAGUUGAUGAAUAUAUCCCUGAAUGGAUUGUUGAGUGAAACUAUAGCUAUAUGGUGCAUGAAAGAACCUGCUGUUAUGACAUUUACUGCAGAAGCAUAAGUACUCAUUUUAUUUAUAUUAUUUGAUGCCAGAAAAUUACCUCGAGUAAGCUGUUCUUUUCUUGGAGGAAAUCAUUCUUCAUUUUGUGACAAAAGUACUGCUUGAGAAUUGUGUGUAUCAGCUUCGUGUUUACUGAUUUACAGAACUUUCAUGUAAUCCAGAAUUUCCACUGAUUUGUUACUUACUACACAAAAGAUGCCAAAUAGUUUUGAGUUUCAAUCAAAAUACUUAAGUCUGUUUAAAAUUAUGGAAAUUUAUAUAAACAGUUGUUUAUUGCUUGAGUUAUCAUUGACAACCUCCAAAUACCCUUCACUUUACUGCAUAUGUCCUUGCCUUGCAUCAAUUAUGGAGCAGGCAGUAAAAUUACAAUUAUUUAUAUAUUUGGCUAUAUUUCCAUUAUUUCCUGAAACAAAGUAUUUUUAACAAUCCAAAAUAACUUUAUUUUAAAUAUGCAGUAUCUGUUCUAAAGCUUUUCAAUGACAAAAAGAUGUCAAAUUAUAUUCUUUUAAUGAAUUGACACCCAAUGCCACCUCGACAGCUUGCAUCACUGAGCUGUAUACCUCCUUCACCUUCACGGUCGUUAUGAUGUGUGAUCAUCUUUUGCCAACUCCAUGAUUGACAUCUUGGUUGGAUCACUUUGUCUGGAACCUCCCCUUUGAGCUUACUGCCAUGAGUGACUCCACCAGCUCGCAAGCCUCUUCACCACCGCAGGUGACAAUCCUCAGAGAAGAGGAUCUGCCUGGUACUUCUGUAGCACCAGUGUCUUAUGCCACUUCUCGGCCCAUGACUGAACGUAGUUCAAAUUUUGCUGAAGACUGUUGCAUUGGCUAUAGAGCUGUGAACAGAACUGAACAUUGUGCAGACACCAGCAACUGUUCCCACUUUGGACCUCAUGGUGGAUGGAGGGUCACUGAUGUAAGUGGUUGGGCCCAAGACACUGCCCUGAGCACCUCCUGCAGACAUCUCCCAGGAUCUCCAACACCUUCCUCCGUGUGAGGGUAGAUUCUGAUCACUGGCGUGGUUUCCCCUUGAUAUCCAUUCACUUUACCACAGCUUCUUGAUGCCAAAUUAAGUCAAACACUGACUUAAUGUUAAGAGAAGUCACUCUCACCUCUCCUUUAGAAAUCAGCAUUUUAACCUAUGUUUUGAGUGAUUUAAUGAGCAGGUCAAUGGAGAAGCAAACUGCUGGAGGAAUUCAAUAGGGUGGGCAGCCUCUGUGGAAGGAAGGGGAAAGCUGCAACAGAGCAUCAGGACAGGAUUCUGGGAACGAAAGAGUUAAUGUAUGAGGAGUGUUUGAUGGGCCUGGGUUUUAGAAGAAUGAGGGGAUAUCUCAUUGAAACCCAUCGAACACUGAAGGCUCUAAAUAGAGUGGAUGUGGAGAGGGUGUUUCCAAUAGUGGGGGAGUCUAGGACCAGAGGGCAGAGCAUCAGAAUACAAGGAUGUCUUUUUAAAAAAGAUGAGGAGGAAUUUCUCUAGCCAGAGGGCCGAAUCUGUGGACUUCAUUGCCAUGGAGGCCAAGUCAUUAUUUAAAGUGGAGGAUGAUUGGUUCUUGAUUCGUUAAGGGUGUCAACAGUUAUGGGGAGAAGGCAGGAGAAUGGGGUUGAGAGGGAUAAUAAAUCAGCCAUAAUUGAAUGGCAGAGAAGAGUCAAUGGGCUGAAUGACCUCAUUCCACUAUGUCUUAUACAGUAGUCUGCAGACAUCAGAAUUCCUUUUACCAUUAACUAAUUUUAUUUCUUCAGCUGAAGGAUUAGCCAAAAAAGAAAAUGAAUACUGAAAACUUUUGGGUUUGAGGAACACAACUGUGAUGCUUAACAGAGCACGCUCUAAGCAAAACAGGUUUAAAAAAACUUGGUGUUAAAUCUACUUUUGUGGUUUCCCAAAAAAGGAUGUGUUUGAUUGUUGCACCUCAUGAUGAAUAAAGCAUUAGUUUUUUUUUGCAUUCUGUAGCCUCACAUGCUUUGAGAAAGUCAGUAAAACCUCAUGAUGUAUCAUUUGUACAAUAAAAGUUGUGACAUUUUGCUUA